AUGCAGGACGAUAUUCAUAGACCUUCGCACUGCCCGAGCCUGUUGGACACGAUCGUUGGCAAGGCAGCUGGCACCUGUUCCAUUGCGAACCGCCGUUCGGCGGCGGCAGAUAUGUUGGACUCCGUGUGCUACGUGUUCCUGUUGACUCUUUCGGUGUUGGCCAGCGUACUUGCGGCCACGUCGGAGGCGCGGCUCUCCGCUUUGCGCGUGCGCGUGGACGGGCAGGACGGGCGCCUCGCCGGCCUCGGCGAGCGUGCGGAGGCGGCGGGCCAGCAGGCCCAGGACGUGGCGCGGCAGGUCUCGCUGCAGCAGCGGGAGGACAUCCUGUCUGAGACGGACUGCCAGCUCCGCAUCGUGCGGCAGCGGAUGGACACGCUGAGCGAGCUGUGCGAG